GAACUUGGGCUUCAAGUCAUUGCUGAGCAUAAUUGGAAAAGGGGGAACUCCCAAAUUUCACUGAGGCUUUGGAAAACCAGAUCGAUUUCAAGAAGAAGAAGAAAUAAGAAGGGAUGGAGAGCGUAUUCGGACUUGUGGGCAACGGAUUCGUCAUAGUGGCGGCGGAUACAUCGGCGGUGCACAGUAUUUUGGUCCAUAAAUCCAAUGAGGACAAGAUCAUGGUUCUCGAUUCCCACAAGCUCGUCGCAGCUAGUGGCGAACCUGGCGACAGGGUUCAGUUCACCGAGUAUAUACAGAAGAAUGUGUCUUUGUAUCAGUUUCGCAAUGGGAUCCCCUUGACCACUGCUGCUGCUGCUAACUACACUCGUGGUGAACUCGCAACCGCCUUGCGGAAGAAUCCAUAUUCCGUGAACAUUCUUCUGGCGGGAUAUGACAAGGAAACUGGCCCAUCCCUCUAUUACAUAGACUAUAUUGCCACCCUUCACAAGGUUGAGAAGGGAGCUUUUGGUUAUGGGUCUUACUUUUCACUCGCCAUGAUGGAUAGACAUUACCAUAGUGGCAUGACAGAACAAGAAGCCAUUGAUUUGAUUGACAAAUGCAUACUGGAGAUUAGGUCCAGGCUUGUUGUAGCCCCACCGAACUUCGUUAUCAAGAUUGUAGACAAGAACGGAGCUAGGGAGGUUGCUUGGCGCGAAUCUAUAAAGGAUGGAGCUAGCUUUCCCUCAGCUUAAGAUUUAAAUGUUAUAUCUGCAGAGGCUUGCUUUUCUUGCUGCCUUAACUUUGUAUGAGCUGCUAGCAGAGUGUAUUCUACCCUUCUCUUCCCUAGUUUCAGACAUUUUUAUAGCGUAAUGUUGCAGUUAACAUUUCUUGUUCCUGAAUACAUGAGCAAACAAACAAAAUGUGAACUUCUAUAGAUUGAUUUAUCAUCUGUUGUGCUGAAGUUCAAAGGUGCUACUUAUGGUUUUAUCAUAAUUGAGUUUGAAAAGUGGGAGAUUUGAGAAA